UAGGGUAUGGCUGUGUACACUUUACAUGGGAUGGUCAAUGUAACAAUGAUGCCAGAUUCACAUGGCCUAGAACAACAAAGCUACCAAGGGGUAGCAGUACAAACGAUCCAGAUUGUGGUUUUGACGCUUACAUUCUUCAUAGUUGUUUUUGGAAAUAUUGUGAUGUUGCAUUGCCUAUUGUCAAUUAAAGAAAUGAAAAAUACAACUGGCAUUCUGUUAAUAAGUCUAGUAACAACAGAUCUUGGAGUUGGUAUCUUCUGCAUACCAUUUGCCAUUGCCACAACGGCUGAUCACGAUCUUGUGCAUAGUCGAUUAUUCUGCAACAUGACGGGAUUUUCAUUGAUACUGUUUUUAGAUUCUUCGCUCCUAACAAUGGCUGUGAUAAGUGUACAAAAAUAUAUGACAAUAGGAUACUCGCUGCAGCCACGAUUUACUAGAAAGCAUGCCUUGUAUGGCAUUUUAGCAAUAUGGACGAUAUCUCUACUGUUCGCAUCAGCGCCUGCUGUUGGCUGGGAUUCUUACGCACAUAGUACCCAUGGCCAUCAGUGUGCACCGUCUGGAAGAUAUCUGCUAGGUCUUACAUAUCAAGCAGCUUCACUCACAUGCUGCCUUGUGGUACCGACAAUCACUAUGAUGUACUGUAAUGGCAAAAUUCUAAUCUUCCUAAGAGCGCAUAUGUCCAAAAUGAAGGCUAGUGGCAUUUCUCGGUCGCGCUUCUCAAAACGGCCCGGUGUCUCAGCAGCUGAACGUCGUAUGGUAAAAACAUUAAUGCUUAUGAUGCUAUUGUUUUUUAUCAGCUGGUCUCCGUGCUUUAUCUACAUGGGCAUGGAAAUAGCACAGGCAAAUUAUCCACCCUAUCUAGAAGACAUAGUAUUAGAUUUUGCAUUUGCCAGCUCAGCAGUCAAUCCUAUUUUGUAUGCGAUGAGACAUCGCGAAUUUCGGAAGGGAUUCAAACUUUCGAUUUUAAAAUUAUGCCGUAUGACCGAGAAUACAGACAAUCAGCAUACAGGCGAUGAGCAUUGUGUAAGAAAUGCUUUUACAGUGAAUAUUCGUUUACAAGACAUGCAUAGUUCGGAAACAUUAAUUUGAUAACGUAGAAGAACCACAAAGGCAAGAAAUGAAGUGAAAUAAUCCCGUUUGUCUAUUGAUGUUGGAAGAGGGCAGAGUCAAUUAAAGUAGCAUACUGUGAUCAAUACCCAAGAGAGUUGCACUAAAAACGUUGUAACUCGAAGCAUUUUUAACCAAAUGACAUCUAGAUUGGAAAAUCAUAGAUCCUUCGGAUUCAAGACUGUCGCAACUGCCACAAGAUAACUCGUGUUGUUUGUUUUUGGAAAGCAAGGUUUUGUCCAUGCGACAGGCCACAAUCUCAAUUAUGCUGCAGUUGUACCAAUACAGUUCAAAACCCUUACUUCGAUUAUGGUACAGAAUUGGUGGCACCGCGUCAGCUUAUAACUGUGAUGGCAGAAGAUUUAAAUGAAAUGGCUUCUACCUUCUGUUAUUUUGUUAUGGGCGUUUCGUUGAAAAAGAUAACUUCUUUUUAUUUGAUAUGUUUUUGCACAAUAGGGAGUUUACAAUUCCAUUGUUUUUUUUAGAAUCACGAUCGAUUAAAAUUAAAUAAAUGUAUUGAAAUUUAUAACCACCCUUAGAGAUUAUUAUGAGUACAAUACAAAUACAAUUUUGAAACCUCGUAAUUUCUUUUCUGAUAGGUUUGCCAUUUUCCAUUAAUAAUAAUUUGGGUAGUCAAAGUCAUUAAAAUUAUAAGUCUAUAUUUAUAGAAAUAAAUGAUAAUAAUUAGUUUCAAAACAUAAUAGUUGCAUAAUCUUGAAGUUGAUUCUGCUAAAAUUUUAGGGAAACAUUUAAAAAAAAAAUAAUGCAAUAGAGUGCUUGAGUGCAAUGUUAUAAAAAAUUAUAUUUUUGUAAUUUUUGACUUUUAAAUACAUUUUCAAAUACCACUGAAAAUGAAAAAUCAGUUAAAUAGUUUAAAAAUUCGGUAAGAUUAUACAAAUAUAAGACUUGUUUUAUAGCAAUUGUAACUGAUGUUGCACAUUUAGUGGUAUUUUAAAGUGUUCCUUCAGGAUAAGUGGUCAGAAGAGACAAAUUUCCAAAAAUAUAAUAUAUUCUUAGACAUACAUAAUGGAUUUUCUCACUAGAUUAUAGAAUUGAUUUUUAUGACGUCAUCUCUUAAGUACUCUAUAAGUAUAACUACUUGAAACAUUCUCAAACUGCAGGUGUAGGUACGUGUUUUCAUUUCUUCGUUUGCACCAUUCAAACGAAGACGGACACUGUGAAUGGGUGACAAGUCAAUUGAUUUUUUUUGGAAGUUAAGCAGGCUUCUUUGAAUGGAAUAAAAGUUAUCUGGUAUUGUAGACCAGAUCUGUGCAGACAAAGAAUGCUAGAUUAAUCUUGUUUCUCCUUAAAUGUUGGAAAAACAAAUCUUCGCAGUUUUCAUUGCAGAUAUUAUGCGGCAUUUCUCUGAUAUCAUAGGAUUCCGUUUUUCAAUAUAAAUUUGAAGGAAAACACUACAUCUAAACACAAUAACAUGUGUUUUUCAAUGUGUCUUUUCCAUCCUUUUUUCUCAAAUGUUUCUUACCAGUUGUCAGUAAAAUUUAUUAUGUUUUGUGAAAUAUAUUUAGGAAAUUCUUUGCUGCUUCUGCGCUGCCAAUCAACGUUAUAUCACUGAAAUUGGUUGCUUUUGAAGAUUCAUAGCCCUGUGUUCUUUAUCGGGUUUCAAAUGCAAAGGAAAUUAAACAUUUUUAAAUAAUUAAAGACAUAUUGUCCGUAUUGCUUUAAGCGUCGUAAAUAAGGUCAAUGGAGAGCCGUUGCCCCUCAGAGAGAAAGUCCAUUAGCAGGUUUUGUUUCAUAUCAAAUGUUUUGACUGCAAAAUUUUAUGUUCAGAUGUUUUAAAAUGUUUAUGAAAUGUUGUUUUAAAUCUUAGUGCAGUUCCCUCAAUAAAUGAUAUCAUCGAUAAAUCUUCAAGACUUCAUUAAUUUCUAAUAGGCAAUGUAAAAAUAUGAAGGCCUGACUACGAAAUCCUUACAAAGAAACAAGAUUUGGAUCGAAUUUUAUGUUGAGAAAAACUUUUCGAAACCUACCAACCACUACCCAUCUCCCCGCAUACCUAAUUCACGCAGAUAAAAUAACUUUUGGUCGAAUCAUGAACACUCGUCUGUGACAUGAAUCGAUGAAACUCAUGCCUCUCUCUAUCGUGCUCCUCUGACAAUUUUGUUAAGAAUAUCUCUGACUGUAUUCGACUAUGAGAGAUGCUGGAUAAUCAAAACCCUAGACGACAUGCAUGAAGAGUGACAAAUUUAGGAAUAAAUGCAAAAGGAGAAAUUUAAAAAUCAAAGUGAUGACGUAAUAAAGGCUGAGCCGAGUCAAAAGAAUGCUUGUACCUUUUCUGUCAGUCAGUGAGGGUCAGUCUAUCAGUCACUGCACUAAAUAUUUGAACAUUUUCUAUUGCAUCAUCCUCUCCCCUUUCAAAGAAUGUUGCUUCAAGCCAAUAUUUCAACGACGUGAACUUCGCAGGGAAUUCACAUUGAAAUAUCGUUGGCAAAAAUAUCGAGGCAUUUGCAGUUUGGUUUUAGGUUAUCACAGGUGAAUUCGCAUGAAAGUAGGAAAAAGGUCUCAUUUUUCGCAGCAACUGAUUACCAACCGGAGCACGAACGAUUAACUUGUGUUCUGAGAAAAUAAUUCAUAAACAUUAGCCUAGCUGCAAUUUUGAAAAUUUGCUUUCUAGCGGUGUUUUCUACCGGGAAUAGCUAUUUUUGAAUAAACAGCAUGAUGUUCCAAAGACUUUGUCCAGGAUGGUUAAUGUUGAAACUUUCAGCAUUUUUAGGGAUAAUUUUCGAUUUUUGCUUAAAUUUUUUAGACAUAAUGAACUUCUUUAUUGAAGUGCUUGAAAUGCUAAAAACGGUGCUUUUAGUUUUGAUAUCAACUUUUAAUACACCAAUUCGACAAGAAAUCUGGAGCAACAGAAUUUACAGUAUAAAUUAGAAGCAUUGUACGGUAUUUGUAUUGUAUUGCAUUGUAUUGCAUUGUAUUGUAUUGUAUUGCAUUGUAUUGUAUUGUAUUGUAUUGUGUUGUGUUGUGUUGUGUUGUGUUGUGUUGUGUUGUGUUGUGUUGUGUUGUGUUGUAUUGUAUUAUAUUGUAGUGUAUUGUGCUGUAUUAUGCUGUGUUGUUCUGUAUUGUGUAUUUAUAGUGUAUUUAUAGCGUAUUAUGCAAAGUUUUGGAAUAUUUGUAAAUAUGGGUGUGGAGGCAACUCAACAACGUUAUGAUUUUUGCCUCCAUCUCAACAAUGAUCGACUUGAGUUUUGCAUUUAAUUUCAAUUUUGAUAAAAUUGCAUACUCAGCUCGAGCAGUCUCAUUAAUGAAAUUAUAUUUAACAAAGCCUUUAUUUACCAAUCUGAUCUGCUUGGAAUUAUAUAUUUGAAGCGAUUAGUAUAUACAUGAAACUAUAAGUAGUUAAUGAUUCAUGGUAACCUGCGCAAACUUUUGGCAUUAGUUUGCAUCAGCAAUUCGGGUCCUGAGCCUUUGCUUUCAGGUUUCUCGGCACAACAUUUGUCAUAUACGUACAAGCACUGUCAAUAAUUACAGAGUCAAUCAUUGUUUUUUCAGAAAUAAAUAGUUUCCAAGAUUAUAGUUGCUUCAAGAUUGAAAGUAAAAGAGAGCAUCCAACAAAAUUGUGUUUUCUGUGUGCAGCAAAAUAUUCAGCAUUUUUGAUAGUCUUAGAAUUUGCAGGACCAAUGGCUGCGUUUGACUACAGCUUCCUCGUUUGUCCUUAUCACCUUCCAGCUCGAAAGCUCCCGAAUUUUGCUUGUUAUACUUGUUUUCUUUCAAUCUUGGUCAAAAUUAUAGUUGGCAGGUCUGAUCAAAACUAUUAAUUUACAUAUGCUUUCUUUUUUCCCAUCAAAGAGUGAAGGAUUCAGGUAGUAGCAAAACUGCGACAGAUGUAGUUAGAAGAGACUUACAAGCAUUGUUUAGAUA